AUGUCCAAAGUGUUUAUUACAGGUGCUUCCGGCUUCAUUGCACAGCACAUCGUAAAAUUGUUCAUCGACAAUGGUUAUAGUGUCAUUGGAACGGUAAGAUCCAUCGAGAAAGGGGAAGCUCUUAAGACCAAUUUGAAUGUUGGAGAUCGUUUCCAAUACGAAAUUGUGGCAGAGAUUAGCAGCCCAGACGCAUUUGAUGAAGCUCUCGCCAAGCAUUCUGGCGUUAAAUAUUUGUUGCACACUGCAUCGCCAUUUUUCUAUGAUUCCACCGAUCCAGAGCAUGAUUUGGUGAUACCAGCGAUCAAUGGUACCAAGAAUGUGCUCAAUGCUAUCAAGAAAUUCCGUCCUGAGAUCGAAAAAGUUAUUAUCACCUCUUCAGAUGCUGCCAUCUACUCUUCUGUUGACGAACAAAAUCCCGCUCUUUCUUUUGACGAAACCAGCUGGAACAACAUUACGUACGAAGAGGCAAUAAAAGACCCAAUUGCAGCUUACUAUGGAGCAAAGUCUUUCGCUGAAAAGUUGGCCUGGAAAUUCUUGGAAGACGAGAAACCAAGCUUCAAGAUAAUUUCAGUUAACCCUGUCUAUGUGUUUGGUCCUCAGGCUUUUGAAAGUGAAGUCAAGGAAAAGCUCAACACUUCCAAUGAACUUAUUCAUUCCCUUAUUAAGUUGGGGCCUAACGACACUUUUGAUGUUGACAAGGGCGGUUUCAUCGAUGUGAGAGAUGUCGCCAAAGCUCAUUUGGCUGCUGUUGAGAAUGAUAAUCUCAUUGGCAAACGUUUGUACAUGACAAACGGACACUUUAGUACUCAAAUGAUGGUUGAUAUCUUGAACAAGAACUUUGACAAUUUGAGAGGUAAGAUUCCUGUUGGAAAGCCAGGUACUGGAUCGGAAGACAUCAAGACCCUAGCUAAGGUGAGUAAUAGAACCACGAAAAAGUUACUUGGUUGGGAGUUCAUUACGUUAGACAAGAUUGUUGUUGAUACAGUGACACAGAUACAAAAGGUUAGAAGCAAAUUAUAG